AUGUCUAUUAUCCCUAUCGCUGUCACUGGAGCGACCGGUGGCGUUGGCGGAUUCGUCGCGCGCAACCUCGUCGCGCGCCAGCUUCCACAGCGGCUUCUCGUCCGCGAUCCCAGCAAAGCGCCGAAACUGCCUCAUAGCGAGGUGUAUCAAUUCAGCUACAGUGACCAUAUCGCCAUCAGUGCAGCGCUGAGGGGUGUACAUACCCUCUUUAUGGUCUCAGCCUCGGAAAGCACGGAGCGCCUCGACCAGCACCGCUCGUUCGUUGACGCGGCUGUCCAAGCUGGCGUGCAGCACAUCGUUUAUACAUCCUACGUAGCCGCUGCGCCUGACGCCAUCUUCACUCUCGCACGCGAUCACUAUACAACUGAGGAGUACAUCAAGGCCAGCGGAAUGCGCUGGACUUUCCUGCGCGACAGUAUGUACACCGACUUCAUGGACUCCCUUGUCGGACCUGAUGGCGUUAUUCGCGGCCCGUCCGGUAGUGGUCGCGUCUCAAUCGUCGCCCGUGAGGACGUCGCCCGCCUUGCCGCUGCUGUGCUCGCUGACCCAGAUCGGCACGCUGGAACCACCUAUGAUGUCACUGGGCGCGAGGCGCUCUCCAUGUCAGACGUUGCCGCGACUAUCAGUGCGAUCCGCGGCCGCGACGUUCGCUUCCACGAUGAGACUAUUGCAGAGGCCUAUGCCUCCCGCGCAAGCUACGGUGCCCCAGACUGGCAGGUCGAAGCCUGGGUCAGCACCUAUCUCGCUAUACGUAGUAACGUUAUGGCGCCAGUUUCUAAUGCGAUUGAAACCGUUACUGGCUGCGCACCGAUGACACUCGCUGAAUACUUGACCGCCAACCCUGGAUAA